ACUCUUAUGGCAUUUCACCUUGGAGCUGUUUUUCUCAAAUAAUUCUCUUACAUUGUUGGAUUGAAACGAAGUUGGGAUUCAUUUGCGACUCGGCCGCGUUGCUCGUCGGGCUACUCUCAAAAAAACUCCAUAACACACCAUGGACGCCUCUUUCAAGGACAAGUCAGUUCAACGGAAAUUGAGUUACAUCAUGGAUAGCCCCAAAGCCUCCAACAAGGAAAUCUUGCUGUUCAGUAUGCCAGAGGAAGUUGGUGCACUGGCAAAAGCUUUAAAAAUAUUCGAGGACAACAAGGUGAAUCUGCUUCACAUUGAGUCCCGCUCGUCCAAGCGUUCAAUCGGAGAUUACGAAUUCAUCGUCGAGAUUGAUACUCUUUUGGGGGACGUGGCCGGCGCCCUGGAACAACUCAGGAAGCAAUCCUCUUACUUCCAGAUCAUAUCACGCGAUCACAAGGAUGGAAACGAGGAGACUAUUCCCUGGUUCCCCGGUCGCAUUCAAGACUUGGAUCGAUUCGCCAAUCAGAUUCUGUCUUAUGGCUCCGAGCUCGAUGCUGAUCAUCCUGGAUUCACCGAUCCCGUCUACCGUGCUCGUCGCAAGGAAUUUGCAGACAUUGCAUUCCACUACAAAUACGGCGAGAAAAUCCCGCAAGUGGAGUACACUCCCGAAGAGAUUGCUACAUGGGGAACCAUCUAUCGGCAACUGACGAAACUUUACCCAACUCACGCAUGUCGUGAAUUCAAUCACAAUUUCCCGCUACUGAUUGAAAACUGCGGCUACAAGGAGGAUAAUAUCCCCCAACUGCAAGACAUUUCCGAUUUCCUUCAUGAUUGCACUGGUUUCACAUUGCGUCCGGUGGCUGGAUUACUAUCGUCGCGUGAUUUUCUUGCUGGAUUGGCAUUUCGUGUGUUCCACUCGACCCAAUACAUCCGCCACGGAAGCGUACCAUUGUACACGCCAGAACCAGACAUCUGUCACGAACUCUUGGGUCACGUUCCGCUCUUUGCCGAUCCAGAAUUUGCUCAAUUCUCCCAAGAGAUUGGAUUGGCUUCUCUAGGCGCGCCCGAUGAGUUCAUUGAACGCUUGGCCACGUGUUAUUGGUUUACUGUCGAAUACGGAAUGUGUCGUCAAGGAGGCGAAUUAAAAGCGUACGGAGCUGGCCUGCUGUCAUCUUUUGGUGAACUCGAGUAUUGUCUGACGGACAAACCGGAAAUCCGACCUUUCGAGCCAGCCAAGACGGCUUUGCAAAAAUAUCCCAUUACUUCUUACCAACCACUCUAUUUCGUAUCAGAGAGCUUUGAGGAUGCUAAAGAAAAAAUGAUCGCGUACGCCAAAACAAUCCCGCGGCCUUUCAGCGUUCGCUACAACCCGUACACGCUCAACGUCGAGAUUUUAAAUUCGAAGCCGCAAUUGGAAAAUUUAUUGAAAAACAUCAACUGGGAAAUAACACGGAUCACCGACGCUCUAUGCAAAAUGCGCUAGGAUAGAGUUUUAUUCCCUUUCAUUUAGUUCAAUAAUAGCUACUACGUGAUAGUAUUAUAUGCCUUACAUCCAUUUUGUGAGGGGUUGUGGCAUUUUUAAUGUAACCCGCUGCUCUUUAGAUUUACACGCAACACAACUUUGUUAUCUUCGCUAUCGUCAAUCGUCUUCAAAUAAAUAGAGAACUUUGCUACAACCACCCAAAAGUUCCAACAUUCAAAUUUGAA